UGUCUGUCUGUCUGUCUGUCUGGCAAUGACUCCAAUGACUGGCAAUUGAAUUGAAACCAAAUGUUUGGAUACUUUGACGGAGACUUCCGACGAAGACCUCAACAGUCUUUGGGCGGAACUCACAAAGACACCAAAAGACAGCAAUUGUUGGAAAAAGCGGCAGAAGAGAGACGCCAUCGGGAGGAGUUGAGACGCAGAACCAACUGUGCGCUUGUGAUCCAGUCCUUCAUCAGAGGAUGUCUUCUCCGCAAAAGACAAGAGUUGAGACGCAGAACCAACUGUGCGCUUGUGAUCCAGUCCUUCAUCAGAGGAUGUCUUCUCCGCAAAAGACAAUAUUCACGAAUGCGUCACGAAUUCGACAAAACCGUUGAAGGACUCAACAAAAGCAGUGACAACAUAGACAUCGAUGCCAUCGAACACUUGAUCCACGGAUUUAUAAUCUUCUAUUCGGUCGCAAAAGACACCAAAAGACUCAACUGGUUGAGUCAACAAAUGGUGAAACUGAGGGACAGUAUCGCCGCAAAAGUGGUGAACGACACCAAUCACUGGUUGUAUCGAAUCAAAUGCAUUCUUCAGUUCAAUGUCAAGUACUUGGAGGUUGUGGUCAGUACGCAGACAUCAAUUGCAAUACCUAUGCGGGUGUUGGAAGUGUUUACGGGUGAAGAUGUUUAUAAAAGUAGUGCUCAAUCGGUAGCAAAAGUGGAGGCAGUGUUGGCCUCCGUCUGGAAUUAUCUCAUUUCUCAUGAGUUCUUCAAACAUAUGAGAUGUUUAAUGGACACCAAAAUCCCGGAGCCUUUCGAGCCGACAACCAAAGCGCCGACACCUUUAUCCGCCUCUCUUCUCGACUUAACUCUACGGCCAUUGAAGACAUUAAAGGAGAGCAAUGGACACAACAAUAACCUGAUUGUCAAGAGUUUCUUAGCGGAGGCCUUAAAGGGUCCGUUUAGUCCGCAAAUCCGGAACUAUGUGUUCACUCAUUUGACACAAACAAAAGACAACAUUAAAGUCGAGUAUAUAAUCGACUGUUUGUUACCCAACUCUUGUGAUAAUUUGACCAUUAGUUUGGAGCCCAAUAUAUGGCUCUUCUAUAGUGUCGUUAAAUUAAUUAGCGUUCAGUGCAACCAAAUGAACAGUAAAUAUGUCAUAAAAUACUUGCAUAUUUUGCGCUCACUUUCGACCAGUUUAUCGCAAAUAACUAAUUCGAGGAUCAAUUCCGACUUGGAUUCUGAUGAAAGUGAAGCUAUGGACGUGAGUGACGGCAUUGCCAAUGAUGUGUCGGCGUCGGACUCAUCUCUAGUCGAACCAUUGAUUUCAAUGCUUAACGAACCGACACACGUGUCGGUCAUCACUAGCCUUUCCAAUGAAGAUAAUCUCUCCAAUGACUCCCAAAUUCUAAUAUCUCUAUCGUGUUUAUGUCAUUCCCUGCUCUCCGCUCACCCAUUGGCUGUCAAUCAAUAUCGAUUGUUAUACACAUUGGCUUUUAAACCAGAUUUCUUACGAAUCCUAUGGAAAUACAUCACAUCGGUGUCGACCCCAUCGGUGUUCGGUGCGCCCACUUAUCUGCUCUAUAUUCUAAGCCGUGGCCUCCAGUUGGCGGCCGUUCAGUGGAACCAAGUUCUCCCAGAAUUGACGCUUUUCUGCACUUUAUUCAGCUAUUUGUUCCCCACAUUAGACGACGUCGAGUUCUAUAGAGACAUGGAUUCUAGCUUUGAGGUCAUCACUCAAUCUCAUUCAUCUGCCAUUCCCUUCACUCUCUCAGAGUUGGCUUCAAUGGGUCUAACAUUGAGAGACGUAUGCAUUGGAUUAGUAGAGUUGGCAUACGAUGACACCCGACCCGCUAUACGACAAGACUAUCAUAAUGCCCUCAAACCUGUCAACCAAACCGAUGACCACAAGGAUGUGACGCGUCAUUGGAUGAAACUAUUCAAGUCUUGUGUCAAACUGUUAAGACAACUGCACUCUAGAGACUCGAGGAGACAAUUCUGUCCGACCGACCACUGGAUCAGUAAAACGGUGUCCAUUCCUGUGGAGAGACCGACCAAUUUUAGGAUAGGAAUACAACAGAGGAGGUCUAUGUAUAGAGAGUUCAUAGGAAUCAGACACCUGUCCAGAGAAGAGCUCGAAGAACACGGACCGCCCCUCUCGACCAGUGAAGUACGAAAUGUGACGAUUUUGCAAGAAAUCCCAUUUGUUGUCUCAUUUCUGGAUCGAUUCAAAAUAUUGCAAACACUUAUAGCCAUAGACAGAACCCAACAGAGGGGUGACGCCAACGUAUUCAAUGUGAUGGGACCUACCAUUCAAGUGGUCAUCAGAAGGAACUACAUAUACGAAGACGCCUUCGAGAAGUUAUCGCCAGAAAACGAACCAAAUCUAAAACAAGCGCUUAGAGUGCAGUUGGUCUCAGCCAUUGGCAUGGAUGAGGUGGGCAUCGAUGGCGGCGGUAUAUUCAGAGAGUUCUUAUCUGAGGUCCUCAAGACUUCUUUCGACCCAAACCGAGGCUUUUUCGGGUCAACGAGUGAUAGUCUUCUAUACCCUAACCCUUCGGUCACAUUAAUUGUCGACAAUUAUGUCAAACACUACUACUUUAUCGGCCGAAUGCUCGGCAAAGCUAUCUAUGAGAACAUGUUAGUGGAGUUGCCGUUCGCCGCCUUCUUUAUGGCCAAACUGCUGGCCCGACACUCGGCCUCUGAUGUUGAGAUCCAUCACUUGGCUUCACUCGACCCUCUUAUGUACAAAAACCUGAUGUUCCUUAAGAGCUAUGAGGGAGACGUCACUGAGUUAGGGCUCGACUUCACUGUUCUUAAUAGCGAAUUGGGAACCACUCAAGUGAUUGAAUUGAAAGCCAACGGCGCAAAGAUACCGGUGACUACACUGAAUCGCAUUGAAUACAUCCAUUUGAUGGCUGACUAUCGGUUGAAUAAACAGAUCCGCUCGCAAUGCGCGGCAUUCAAGCAGGGAUUGGCCGAUGUGUUGGACUUGGAUUGGCUCCGGAUGUUCGACCCCCGAGAGCUGCAAAUCCUGAUAUCAGGUGCGCCCACACCUAUCGAUAUCGAGGACCUUAAAAAGCACACCAAUUAUGGCGGCGGUUAUCACAGCGAACACAAAGUGAUCGUUAUUUUCUGGAAAGUUGUCCAACAGUUCUCAGAAAACGAAAGGCGAAAAUUGCUUAAAUUCGUGACCAGUUGUUCCAGACCUCCGUUACUGGGAUUCAAAGACCUGUUCCCAGCCUUUUGUAUCCAGAAUGCGGGCCGAGAGGCGAAUCGGUUGCCAACGGCGUCGACGUGUAUGAAUCUGUUGAAGUUGCCUGAGAUCGACACUAUCGACCAAAUGAACCAAAAGCUCAAAUACGCGGUCGAUUCGGGCGCCGGCUUUGAACUCAGCUAAUGAUUGCAAUACUUUUAAUGUUAAACACUUAAUAAAUACUAAUAUCAUUCAUAUGUCGUCCUCUGUCUCAAUGUCUUCGUCAGAC